AUGGCGGAAUCCAUUUCGGAGGGUACACUCAAGUCAUGGUUGAAACAACCCGGAGAUGCUGUACAGGCUGACGAGGAAGUUGCUACUAUUGAGACCGACAAGAUUGAUGUUUCUGUGAACGCGCCCGCUGCGGGUAGGAUAACAGAACAUCUUGCGAAUGAAGAAGACACCGUUAGUGUUGGUCAAGACCUGUUCCGUUUUGAACCCGGUGAGGCAACUCAAGAGUCGGCACCAAAAACCGAAGACAAGUCAGAGCCCAAGGACCAGCAGGUGGAGAAGGGUACACCGUCGCCCCCGAGCCCGGCACCCGAAGAUGUACGUGCGAAAGAUACAGCUGGCGUGCAGGGGGGAGAAGCGAAGAAGGAGGUGAAAGAGACCCCGAAAGCUGCGCCGGAGAAGGGCAAGGAUGCGAAAGAGGCUCCAUCGCCGCGAGUGGCAGGAGCGCGGACGGAGACUCGAGUGAAGAUGAACCGAAUGCGGCUGCGCAUCGCGGAGCGGUUGAAGGAGUCACAGAACGCUGCGGCAUCGUUGACGACGUUCAACGAGAUCGACAUGCACAGCCUGAUGGACAUGCGGAAGAAGUAUAAGGACGAGGUGUUGAAGACGCACGAUGUGAAGCUUGGGUACAUGAGCGCAUUCGCGAAGGCAUGUUCUCUAGCGCUGAAAGAGAUCCCGGCAGCGAACGCGUCAAUUGAUGGUGACGAGAUUGUAUACCGCGACUAUGUCGAUUUGAGCGUUGCCGUAGCGACUCCUAAGGGUCUUGUGACCCCCGUUGUAAGGAAUGCGGAGGGCAUGUCAUUCGUCGAGAUCGAAAGGGAGAUUGCGGCCUUAGGCAAGAAGGCGAGGGAUGGCAAGCUUUCACUCGAAGACAUGGCGGGUGGCACUUUCACUAUUUCCAACGGAGGUGUCUUCGGGUCUCUAUACGGUACCCCCAUAAUUAAUCUUCCUCAAUCCGCCGUCCUUGGUAUGCAUGCUAUCAAAGACCGCCCUGUUGUAGUUGACGGUCAAGUCGUCAUUCGCCCGAUCAUGGUUGUUGCCCUGACAUACGACCACCGUCUACUUGACGGACGGGAGGCCGUUACAUUCCUCGGUGCGUGGGCUCUGUUCCCUAUCGUCAGUCACUGA